AGUAAAGAAGAAGUAGGGUUGAAGCCGCUGUUUCCUAUUCCGGGUCAACGGUAUCCUUCACAAACUGGCAAAAUGUUGACCCGACUGUCACGGUUCGGGCCCGCUUUGCCCCGAUUACUGUCUCAGCCACCAUCCCGGUUCGUCUCUCAGUCCAAACCGACCGGUAGCGCUGGUUCGGCCGCUGUGACGGAGCUGCACCCCGCAGCGGAGAAUGCUGGACACGGUGAGGUCAGCCAGUAUGUCAAGAAUCCAGACUACCAUGGCUUCUCCAGUGACCCAGUGGUGGAUGAGUGGAACAUGAAGGUCGGCUUCUUCUUCGGCAUCUCAGUGGCCCUCGUUAUCGGAGGAACAUUUAUCCAUUAUUUACCAGAUCAUGGCAUGCGGCAGUGGGCCAGAAGGGAGGCAGAGCGUGUGAUCCAGCAGAGAGAGAAGGAAGGUCUUCCUCUCAUAGGGGAGGACUACUACGACCGAAACAAGAUUGCUUUGCCCACAGGUGGUGGAGAGGAAUAGUUUGUCUAGCAUCAGUUUGCUGUAUUUCAUUGAUUGUUGAAUUUCACUAUGAUAGAAUAAAUGAUGUAAAUAUUA